AUGCCACGAAAGAAAGGAAACAAGGGCCGCAAAGCCACCAAAAACCCUCCCCGCCCCCGUCCACCCUCACCAAAGCCCUUCCAACCCAACGCCGCCCCGGACAAGACCACCGAAGACGGCGAGGAACUCUGGGAGCUCAACGAGGUCGUCGCUUCACGCUUCAUGUACGGGAAGCUCUACUACCAAGUCUCCUGGAAGGGCUGGAGCAAGGACGAAUAUUGGUAUCCCGCCAGUGACUUGAAGCGGUGUCCGUACUUGCUGGUUGAGUUCCACUCGGAUAACCCGAAAGCGGCUGGGCCACCGAGGAGACUCGAUAUUUGGGAUAAGGCGUGGACUGCGUUCACGGAGGAGGGGCUGGAGAAGCAUGAGGAGGAUGAUUUGGUGAUGACGGCGGCGCAGAAGAAGACGUGGUUGGAGGAGUUUGAGGACAUGAUGUAG